AUGGUUGAUGCCAACCAAAAAUGGGAAGUCCAAGAAGCAACUGAUUGGAUGAAAGAAUUGUCUGAAUACAAACCUCUGUGGAUUGAAGAACCAACAAGUCCUGAUGACAUUGCUGGACAUGCUCUGAUUGGUCAGAAUCUCAGACCACUGAAGAUUGGAAUAGCCACUGGAGAACAAUGUCAGAAUCGAAUCAUGCUCAAACAAUUCUUACAAGGAAAGGCCAUGGAUUUCUGUCAAAUAGACAGUUUUCGUUUUGGAGGAGUAAAUGAAAACCUUGCAGUCAUUUUAAUGGCAGUAAAAUUCAAAAUUCCUGUAUGUCCGCAUGCUGGUGGUGUUGGUCUGUGUGAGUUGGUACAACACCUUUCAAUGUUUGAUUACGCUUGUGUCUCAGGAAAACUCAG